AUGUCCGGCAGCGGCAGCAAAAAACUGCCUAUACCCGAACUUCCCGAACCCGCCCACGCAGAACUCGACUCGAUGCUCGCCCGCAAGUUUGGCAAAGAAGUGGCUAACUACUUCUCCGGGUCGCCGCUCAACCGGGUGUCCUUCUUGCGGCCCGAUACGACAUUCCUGUCGCAAGCCCUCAAACAUGACACCUCGCGCUUCAUAUUAUUCAAGGACCUGAACCCGCUCGUCAAGUCGGCAGAUAAGCUUGCAUACGCCUCGUACAAGGAUGUCGAGCCGGCAGUUGGCGAUCCGUUCACGGCUUCCGAAGACGACAUCAUCAAGCAGUUCAACUCUACCAGCUACCGCCCGCAACUCAUCUUCCUCGGUCUGGAUGAGAGUAAGAAGCAGGGCGGGUUUGCUUACAAGGAGCAUUACGCUGGACAGCCCUACUGGGCUCUAGACAUCACGCCGCGCGCCAGUGUGACCGAAGCCGCUGAGGCUCUGAUAAAGAAGGUUGAGGGGGAGGGCUUGUACUUUGCACAAGGUCGGAUGCAGCUGUCCCUCAUCGCGCCCGAAGCCGCCAUUUACGCCGAGGGCCGGCACUUACUCGACUGGAACCUGCGCAACCCGUACUGCGCCGGCUGCGGGCACUCGACGCUUUCGACCCACGGCGGCUUUAAGCGGACGUGCCCACCCAAAGACUUAGCCGACAAAGUGGCGGAUGCGCCGGACGCGCCGGACCGACCACCGUGCGCGACGCGGACCGGUGUUUCGAAUCUGAGCUUCCCCCGCACCGAUCCCACCGUCAUCAUGGCUGUCGUGUCGCACGACGGGCAGCGCAUCAUGCUGGGCCGCCAGCGUCGCUGGCCGCCUCACUGGUACAGCACGCUUGCCGGUUUCCUCGAGCCGGCCGAGUCAGUCGAGGAGGCAGUGCGCCGCGAGGUGUGGGAGGAGAGCGGAAUUCAUCUCGGUCGCGUCGUCAUCCACUCGACGCAGCCCUGGCCUUACCCGGCCAACCUGAUGAUCGGCGCCAUUGGCCAAGCCGUGCCCGAUGGUGAGACGGUCCAUCUGGGCCACGACGCUGAGCUAGAGGACGCGAAGUGGUUCAGCUUCGACGAAGUGAGGGAGGCGCUGAGGAUCGGCACUAGCGGGUUGGGCGAGGAUCCCGGCCCUGACUACAAGCCCGGUGGCUUGAGACUGCCGCCGUCAACGGCAAUUGCUAAUCAGCUCAUGCGCGCGGUGGUGCUUGGCGGAUUCGUCAGCGCGGAGGCGAAGAUAUAG